GUGAAUUAGGCUCCUCCAUGAUCAAGGGUCAGCAUGGACGCGGAGGGUCAUCACGUACGCCAGUAUAUAUAUUCCAGGCACGGCGCUCCCAGUCCCAGAGCUCACUCCACUCCUGCUCCUCUUCAUUGCCGCCGCGCGCCGGUAGCAGAAGGCGUGACACACAGCAUAUACGAGAUACGACUGCUGAGUGGUUCAAGUACUUGAAGCAGGAAAUGUCUUCCUCAACGUCUACUUCCAGUUCUUCUAGCCGAAACCGCCAGAGCUCCCGGGCAAGGGUAUUAGCACAGACAACCCUUGAUGCUGAACUCAAUGAUGAAUAUGAAGAAUCUGGUGACUCCUUUGACAACUCCAAGCUGGUUGAAGCCCAGCUGACUGCUCCACCUUUGCAGCAGGGGCUGUCGGAGAAGGUCAUAGCCUACUUGCAGCACAUUCAGACAGGAAAGAUAAUCCAACCAUUUGGUUGCUUGUUGGCCCUUGAUGAGAAGAGCUUCAAUGUCAUCGCAUUCAGUGAAAAUGCGCCGGAAAUGCUUACAACGGUCAGCCAUGAAGUAACCAGUGUUGAUAACCACCCAAGGCUAGGCAUUGGCACAAAUGUACAGUCUCUUUUCACUGACCAAGGUGCGCUGCAUAAGGCACUGGGGUUUGCUGAUGUUUCUUUGCUGAAUCCUAUCCUAGUUCAGUGCAAGACCUCAGGCAAGCCUUUCUAUGCCAUUGUUCAUCGAUCAACUGGUUGUUUGGUGGUAGACUUUGAGCCUGUAGAGCCAACAAAAUUUCCUGCCACUGCUGCUGGGGCUUUGCACUCUUACAAGCUUGCUGCCAAGGCAAUCUCCAAGAUCCAGUCACUGCCAGGUGGAAGCAUGGAAGUGCUAUGCAAUACUGUGGUUAAGGAACUCUUUGACCUUACAGGGUAUGAUAGGGUUAUGGCUUACAAGUUUCAUGAAGAUGACCAUGGCGAGGUCUUUGCCGAGAUCACAAAGCCUGGUCUUGAGCCUUAUCUAGGUCUGCACUAUCCAGCCACUGAUAUCCCUCAAGCAUCCAGGUUUCUUUUCAUGAAGAACAAGGUACGGAUGAUCUGUGAUUGCCGUGCGACAUCCAUAAAGGUCAUCGAAGAUGAGGCACAUCCCUUUGAUAUUAGCUUGUGUGGUUCAGCACUCAGAGCACCACACAGUUGUCACCUUCAGUACAUGGAGAACAUGAACACGAUUGCAUCCCUUGUCAUGGCUGUCGUGGUUAAUGACGAUGAAGAGGAGGAUGAAUUCGAGUCUGAACAACCAGCACAACACCAGCAGAAGAAGAAACUAUGGGGCCUCCUUGUUUGUCAUCAUGAGAGCCCCAGAUAUAUCCCUUUUCCUCUGCGUUAUGCUUGUGAGUUCUUAGCACAGGUGGUUGCUGUCCAUGUAAGCAAGGAGUUUGAAUUGGAGAAACAGCUGCGUGAGAAGAGCAUACUGAGGAUGCAAACCGUUCUCUCUGGCAUGCUGUUCAGAGAAGCCUCUCCCCUGACUAUUGUAUCAGGGACACCCAAUGUCAUGGACCUAGUCAAAUGUGAUGGUGCUGCUCUUUUGCAUGGAGGCAAAGUAUGGCGCCUGUGUAAUGCUCCGACCGAGUCUCAGAUACAUGAUAUUGCCUUAUGGCUGUCAGAAGUUCACAGGGAUUCCACUGGCCUGAGUACUGAUAGCCUCCAUGAUGCUGGCUAUCCAGGAGCUUCUGCUCUUGGUGAUAUGAUUUGUGGAAUGGCAGUGGCCAAGAUUAACUCCAAGGAUAUUCUUUUUUGGUUCAGGUCACAUACAGGUGCUGAAAUCAGAUGGGCAGGUGCAAAGAAUGAUUCCUCGGACAUGGAUGACAGCAGAAAGAUGCACCCAAGACUGUCUUUCAAAGCAUUCCUUGAAGCUGUCAAGAUGAAGAGCUUGUCUUGGACUGACUAUGAGAUAGAUGCUAUUCAUUCGUUGCAACUUAUACUUCGAGAUAUGCUGAAUGAUGCCAUCAAGCCAACCCGCGAAGCUAGUUUAGAUAAGCAGAUUGGUAAUCUUAAACUUGAUGGGCUUGCAGAACUGCAGGCAGUGACCAGUGAAAUGAUUCGUCUAAUGGAAACAACAACUGUUCCAAUAUUGGCAGUAGACGUCAAUGGAUUGGUCAACGGGUGGAAUCAGAAAGCAGCGGAAUUGACUGGGCUAAGAAUUGAUGAUGCUAUCGGAAGAGACAUACUUUCCCUUGUGGAGAAAUCUUCUCAACCAGUUGUCCAGAGGAUGCUAUAUCUGGCUUUGCAGGGUAAAGAAGAGAAAGAAGUUCAAUUUGAGGUGAAGACUCAUGGCCCGAAGGUGGAUGAUGUCCCUGUUAUCUUGAUUGUGAAUACUUGUGCAACUCGGGACCUUCAUGGUCAUGUUGUUGGGGUGUGCUUUGUAGCCCAAGAUAUGACUGUCCAUAAGUUGGCGAUGGACAAGUUUACUCGGGUUGAGAGAGACUACAUGGCGAUCAUUCACAACCCGAACCCACUGAUUCCUCCUAUAUUUGGUGCUGAUGAAUUUGGAUGGUGCUCUGAGUGGAAUGCUGCAAUGACCAAGCUAACUGGGUGGCACAAAGAUGAAAUGCUUGAUAAGAAGCUUCUUGGUGAAGUGUUUGACAGUAGCAAUGCCUCUUGCCGUUUGAAGAACAAAAAUGCAUUUGUAGGUCUUUGCGUUCUUGUCUACAGUGCACUAGCCGGAGAAGGAUCAAAAAAGGCUCCAUUUAGCUUCUUCGACCGAAGUGGGAAGUACAUUGAGUGUCUUCUAUCAGUGAACAGAAAAAAAAAUGAGGGUGGUCUCAUCACUGGAGUAUUCUGUUUUAUUCAUGUCGCUAGUCAGGAGCUGCAACAUACUCUACAGGUGCAGAAAGCUUCAGAGCAGAAGUCAAUAAAAAAGUUGAGGGCUUUCUCCUACAUGAGACAUGCGGUCACGAACCCUCUCUCAGGCAUGCUUUACUCAAGGAAAGCACUGAAGAAUACAGGUUUAAAUGAAGAACAGAUGAAGCAGAUCCAUGUCGCAGAUAAUUGUCACCACCAGCUAAACAAGAUACUUGUGGACUUGGAUCAAGAUAACAUCACCGAAAACUGCUUGGAUUUGGAGAUGGCUGAAUUUGUGUUGCAAGAUGUGGUGAUGGCUGCUGUAAGUCAAGUACUGCUAGCCUGCCAGGGAAAAGGGAUCACAGUCUCUUGCAACAUGCCAGAGAUAUUUCUGAAGCAAUUAGUCUACGGAGAUGGUGUUCGACUCCAGCAGAUUCUCUCUGAUGUCCUAUUUGUUUCAGUGAAGUUCUCUCCCGUUGGAGGUUCUCUUGGGAUUUCUUCCAAGCUGACAAAGAAAAGCAUCAGAGGAAAUCUUCAUCUUAUUGACCUUGAAAUCAGGAUCAAGCACCUGGAAUUAGGAGUCCCAGCAGAGCUAAUGUCACAAAUGUUUGAGGAGGACAGCAAGGAGAAGUCAGAGGAGGGAAUGGCCCUCCUAGUAUCUAAAAACCUGUUGAGUCUCAUGAAUGGCGAUGUACGCCAUCUAAGGGAAGCUAACGUGUCAACCUUCAUCCUCACCUUCGAACUUGAAAUGCGACAAUUAUGAAGAAGCCAGUCCAACAUAUGGUCAUGAGAUGGUAUGUGAAACAAAGAUUAGUGUACGCACUUCCAGGGAAAAGCCAACCGACUAGGCUAUGGACUUGGUGCCCUAAUCAUUUUUCAGUUAGUAAUAAAUUGAGUCUUAGGAUUUGGGAACAGAAAGGUUUUGUCCCGAAGAAGGUUACCCUGCUGUUUCCAAAUCGUUUAGAAGUCUAUUUCUAAUUCUAGUCGGAGUAUUCAUGUCAUCGAAUUAUUUAUAUCCCCGCUGGUGGAGGAAACGAAUCAAGCAAGAAACUAAACCUAAACUUCUAUUAA